GUCUUUUUCCACGAUGGAUAUUGUGAGUGGCCACGUGGAUCUGUCAAUAACUGUAUCCCGGUCUCCCUCUUCCACGGCGGAUGAAACCAAACGGCUACAGCAACGUCGCCACAAGAAAUCCCACAAACUCUCGUUUUCAUGAUCCCAAAAUUUUGGAUUACGAAUUCGAUGAGAUCAUGCCCCCCAAUCGAAUCAUUUUCGCUUCAGCCUCAUUACAAUUCAGAUUCAUCACAAUCUACUAUUUGUUUCAUAACGAUUAACGAACCAUGUUCUCAAUCAAGCAUUAGGGUUUAAUACAAUCCAACAUUAUGGAAACAUUACAGGAUCUGAUCGAAGAAGCAAAGCUUCGUACUGUAUGGUGGGCUAUUUGUAUUUUCGCUGUCACGUACUUUUUAACCCACACCAGUAAAUCGAUGUGGAUGAAUGUUCCUAUAGCAAUUCUUCUGGUAUCAGGCGUUCACAUUUUAAUAACCGAAGUGGAUUUCCAUUGGAAGAUCAGGAAAUCACGGCGACAUUCAUAUCUAGCACACUUGGAGAAAAAACAAUUGUCUGUGAAUGAUUCUCGUCUCAACACCUUGCCUCCUCCACCUAAAUGGAAACGGAAGAUUGAUUCUCCAGUAGUUGAGGCUGCCAUGGAAGAUUUUACUAACAAGAUUUUACAAGAAUUUGUGGUUGAUCUCUGGUAUUCAGAUAUAACACCUGACAAGGAAGCUCCACAGCUCAUACAUGCUAUUAUCAUGGAUAUUCUUGCUGAAAUUUCCAUGAGAGUCAAAGACAUAAACCUUGUUGACAUGCUAACAAGGGAUGUAGUUGACCUAAUAGGGGAUCACCUAGAGCUUUUCAGGAAAAACCAAGCUUCUAUUGGGAGGGAGGUUAUGGUGACACUAUCUUCUGAAGAAAGAGAUGAAAGGUUGAAACACCAUCUCAUGGCUUCAAAGGAGCUUCAUCCAGCUUUGAUAUCUCCCGAGAGUGAGUACAAGUUUCUUAAGCGGAUUAUGGGAGCACUUUUGGCUGCAGUUCUUAGACCAAGAGAAGCUCAAUGCCCUUUAGUUCGAUGCAUUACACGAGAGCUUUUAACAUGCUUAGUAAUGGAACCUGUAAUGAGAUUCGCAAGCCCUGGGCGUAUCAAUGAGUUGAUUGAGGGUAUUUUUCUUGCUACAAAUAAGGGAGAGAAAGAAACAGCUGAUGAUCAAUCUAAUGUCACUGUUCAACCCCAGAAUCAACCUUCUGUUACAAACAAUGAAAAAGGUCCAGAGUCAAACAUUGGGUCUUCUUCUAUUCAAAAGUUAGAGAAAACACCAUCUACUUCUAACAUCCAAAAGGAAUCUUCUACAACUGUAAACCCAUCUGCCACCAUGACUAGUGGGCCCAUCCAAGAUGAAUCAAUUCCUACACGGACUUCUGAUUGGGCCCGUGUUCUUGAAGCAGCAACCCAAAGAAGGACAGAAGUUCUUCAACCAGAGAAUCUUGAAAACAUGUGGACUAAAGGAAGAAACUAUAUGAAGAAAUCUCAAAAGAAUUCUGCUUCAGGUAUCAUAAAAGGUGGAAUCAAUGAGAGUUCUAAUCUUGAUACAGGAUUUGAUCAACAAAGAGACCAAAUUCUUGAUGGUGGACAAAACAAGACACCAACUCGGUUAUCUUUAGUUGAUGACAAUUUGAAUUUUGAUUUUGGAAGUGAUGGGAAGUUGAAGAGAUUAAAUAGUGCAUCUGAGUCAAACAUUCAAACUUUGAGUGAAACUGCAUCUCCAAUUCAAGUUGGAGGAUCUGGAACUAUUAUCCCAGAGUUCUAUAGUGUGAAUCCUGGAAGAGAUAAUGAUGCACAAAGUGUUAAUAAUAUUGCUUCUGAUAAUAAACUGAUAAGAACUGAAGGGUAUGUUCCAAAGCUUAGGUGUCGGGUUUUAGGAGCAUUCUUUGAGAAUAUUGACUCAAAAUCCUUUGCAGUCUAUUCAAUUGCAGUGACAGAUGCUGAUAACAAAACUUGGUUUGUGAAAAGAAGAUACAGGAAUUUUGAAAGAUUACACAGACAUCUUAAGGACAUUCCCAAUUAUACAUUACAUUUGCCUCCUAAAAGAAUAUUCUCAUCUAGCACAGAAGAUGCAUUUGUUCACCAACGAUGUAUACAGCUUGAUAAAUAUCUCAAAGAACUUUUGUCUAUUGCUAAUAUCGCUGAGCAACAUGAAGUAUGGGACUUCUUGAGCAUGUCUUCAAAGAGUUACUCUUUUGGAAGGUCAUCGUCGGCAGUGAGAGCCUUAGCAGUCAACGUGGAUGAUGCUGUGGAUGACAUUGUACGCCAAUUCAAAGGUGGAAUAAUGAGAAAAUCCGUGGGCCCAGGUGGGUCCCCUUCCGAAUUUUCUUCAUCUUCUUCUUCAGCUGCAAACAGAAACAUGACAUGGGAAACAAAUGAAGCAAAUGAUUCACCAUUAAAGCAACCUAUUUUUGAUAUGGGAAACAAUAACAUUGUUUCUGAUUAUGAAGAAGGUGAAAAAGAUAACAAGACAAUUGUUAACAAUGAGGAAAUGGAAUCAAUGGGACAAGUUUACGGGGGCUAUUUGGACAAUGAGGUGAAUUUUAAAGCAGGACUUUCACCAAAAAUUGUUAAUAAAAAUGAUGAACAGAAUAAAAAUUUGGUUUUGGAAAAGAAAAAUAGUUCAGAGGUCAGAUCUGAAGUGUUGACCAUGGCUGCAAAUUUUCCUUCAACUUCUAAAGAAGAUCCACUUGGUAUGCCAGCAGAGUGGUCCCCACCUAAUGUAAGUGUUCCUUUGCUAAAUUUGGUAGACAAGAUAUUUCAACUCAACAGAAGAGGCUGGUUGAGACGUCAGGUUUUUUGGAUGUCAAAGCAAAUAUUACAACUGAUGAUGGAAGAUGCUAUUGAUGAUUGGCUGUUGAGACAAAUUCAAUUGCUUAGGAGAGAUGACAUUGUUGCUCAAGGCAUCCGUUGGAUCCAAGAUAUUCUAUGGCCCGAAGGCACGUUUUUUCUUAAAGUCAAGUCAAGUCAAACGGAUUCUUCUCAAACAAAUGAAGGAGCUGCCCGAGCACCUUCGGGCAGCAAGGCUAAUAAACAAGGGUCGUUUGAGGAGCAACUUGAGGCUGCCCGAAGAGCUAGUGAUAUAAAAAAGAUGAUAUUUAAGGGUGCGCCUACUACAUUGGUGAGCUUGAUUGGACGUAAGCAAUACAAGCGAUGUGCUAAAGAUGUGUAUUAUUUUCUCCAGUCUGCUGUAUGUUUGAAGCAACUGGCGUAUGGUUUACUUGAACUUGUACUUAUAACGGUUUUUCCAGAGCUUCAAGAGAUUAUAUCAAAUGUUCAUGAGAAGCAAAAAGGGCAAGGAGUGUAGUAGAUUUUAAUGCAAAGUUUUGAUAAUGUUUAUUGUUUAGAAAUUGACAUUUAAUUGUACAAAAAAAAAAAAAAAGUGUAGUUAGAAUUUGUAUAGACGUUUCACAAUUCAAUUCACACGCAUUCACCUCCUUUCUUAUAAUCUUACAUCAAACUCUUUACAUCCUCA